AUGGGUCCUAGGGUUCAUGCAAUUUUCUUGAUAUGCAUGAUUUGCAUGUUUAUUGCAUUGUCACCUGCCUAUGCUGGGGGAAAUUGCCCACCUUCUUAUCCUCCGUACCAUCGUCCUAGCCCACCGUCAACACGGCCACAUCCACCGUCGACCCCCCGACCACACCCUCCCUCGACUCCUCGAACACCGCAACAUCCCCCUUCAGUUCCUAGACCAUUGCCUCCAAGGACUCCUCGCCCACAUCCACCAUUUACCAAACCCCCCCCUCACCAUGGUGGAGCACCACCGAAAGUGUUGCCUCCCAUAAACAAUCCACCUGUUAUUACGCCACCAAUUAUUAUGCCACCACCUGUUAUUACGAACCCUCCUGGCAUUAUCCCCCCCAUAACAAACCCUCCUGGCAUUAUCCCCCCCAUAACAAACCCUCCUGGCAUUAUCCCCCCUAUAAUAAAUCCUCCCGGCAUCAUUCCUCCUAUAGUUAACCCUCCUGGCAUAUUACCCCCUGUAACAAGGCCUCCACCUUCUUCUGGCUACCCACCUUAUACGCCACCUGGCAGCGGAUGCCCCCCUGGAGGAGGUGUGCCAGGCAUUAGCCCCCCACCGGCUGCUAGUUGUCCGAUAAACGCGCUAAAACUAGGGCUGUGUCUUGAUGUUCUUGGAGGUUUAGUUCAUGUUGGGGUAGGAGAUCCUGUGAAAAACAUAUGCUGCCCAGUUCUACAAGGAUUGCUGGAACUAGAAGCUGCAAUUUGUCUCUGCACAACCAUAAGACUUAAACUUCUUAACCUUAACAUAUUCCUUCCUCUUGCACUUCAAGUUCUUGCAACCUGUGGUCUCACCCCUCCUCCUGGUUUUGUAUGUCCACCUCUCUAA